GGCACCCUUCCAAAAACUUUAAACACGUGCAACGCGCUACUCACGGCGUGUUCUGUUUCUUUUUCCAUUUUCGGUUGAGUUUUCGUUGACAACAGCAACAAAAUGGGCAAGAAAACAAAAGUAGGAAAGACGCGCAAAGAUAAGUUCUACCAGUUGGCCAAAGAGACUGGCUUCCGUUCGCGUGCCGCCUUCAAGCUCAUCCAAUUGAAUCGCAAAUUUGGUUUCCUGCAACAGUCGCAGGUAUGCAUCGAUCUGUGCGCCGCACCUGGCGGCUGGAUGCAGGUGGCCAAACAGAAUAUGCCCGUCUCCAGCAUUGUCAUCGGCGUCGAUCUAUUCCCAAUACGUCCAAUUGCCGGCUGCAUUGGCCUCGUCGAGGACAUUACCACAGACAAAUGCCGCCAGUCCCUGACAAAGGAGCUGCAGUCGUGGAAAGCUGAUGUGGUGCUGCACGAUGGUGCGCCAAAUGUUGGACGCAAUUGGCUCUACGAUGCCUACCAGCAGAUCUGCCUCACAUUGAAUGCCCUAAAGCUGGGCACGCAGUUCCUCCGUAGCGGCGGUUGGUUUGUAACGAAGGUAUUCCGCUCCAAGGAUUACAAUGCACUGCUCUGGGUACUCAAGCAGCUCUUCAAGAAGGUGCACGCCACCAAGCCCAGUGCCUCGCGUAAGGAGUCCGCCGAAAUCUUCGUCGUCUGCCAGGGCUACUUGGCGCCGGAUCGCAUCGAUCCCCGUUUGUUGGAUGCGAAAUAUGUGUUCGAGGAGCUGGAUCUGGAAGGCAAACAGAAGAAUAGUCUGCUGCAUCCAGAGAAACAGAAGCGCGUCAAGGCCGAGGGCUACACGGAGCAGGAUAUUGCCCUGCGCAACGAUCUGGCUGCCUCGGAGUUCAUGAAGGCGGAGAAUGCGUUGGCUGCCCUUCAGGGCAUCGGCUCCAUUCGCAUCGAUGAUGAGCGCAUCGCCAAGCACAAGAGGACGACGAGCGAGAUCUUGGAGUGCUGCAAGGAUCUGAAGGUGCUCGGUCGCAAAGACAUCAAAGGCCUGCUGCUCUGGUGGAAACACAUCAAGGAGGAUCUGUACAAAACGGAACCAGAAAGCGUCAUCGAGGAGCCAGAGACAGAGAAGCAGCCGGCUCCCUUGACCCAGGAGCAGGUUGAAGAUAUGGAGGAUGCCGAGCUGCAGCAACAAAUUGAAACCCUCGCCGAGGAGGAGCAAAAGGAGCUGAAGCGCAAGCGCAAAAAGACGCUCAAGUCGAAGGCGAAACUCCACGAAAAGAUGAACCUCAACAUGGUCAUCAAGGGCGAUGACGGUCCAGUCGAAGAGGGCGAGCAGGAGAUCUUCGAUCUAAAGGGCAUCAAUAGCGUUAGCGAGCUGAACAACAUGCUCGACGUUCAGCCCGACUUCGAUGUGGAGGGCGAGCCCGUCGAGCAUCCCAAAUUGCCCAAGUACAAGAAAUACGAUAAGGAUGACAAGCGCAUGGACGACGAUGCCAACUACGAGAACGAUGACGAGCCGGAGGUGAGCCAAGAUGAGGACAGCGACAGCGACUACGAUCAACAGGGACUCGGCCUGAGCGACAACGAAGAUGAGGAUCAAGAGUCGUCCACUAAAAAAGGCAAGAAGAAGAAACAGCGCGCCGAGCAUCCAUUAAUCAAGUCGGGAGAUUUCCGGGACAAGGACACCCGGCGACAACAGCGUGUCGCUCUCUGGUAUGAAAAGGACACUCUGCAAAAUAUCGGCAACGAGGACGACGACGAUGAGGAGAACUUUGACUUGGAUAACCUGGCCAAGGCGUACAAGGCCAAAGGAGUCGCAGUGCUCGGCGAGAAUCGUCCGUCCGCGGAUGGAGAUGGCACCCCAGCCCUUGGCAAAAAGGCCAAACGACGUGCCAGGCACGAUGUGCAGAAGGAGGACAGCAGCUCAGAGUCAUCUGACUCGGAUUCCGAGCAGGAAGUGGAUGAGGAUAAUGUGGCGGGAGACAUGGCUAAAGCACCAAAGGCAAAGAAGAUUCGCCUGUCCGAGGAGGAGCUGGCUCUGGGAGCGCUGCUCGUGCGUGGCAAGAAGACGCGACGCGAAUUGGUGGAUGCUGCUUGGAAUCGCUAUGCGUUCAAUGAUGAGAACUUGCCCGUUUGGUUCGUGCAGGAUGAGGCCGAGCAUAUGACGAAGCCGCACCCGGUGCCCAAGGAGCUGACGGAGGAGUACCAGCGGAAGGUGCAGGAGCUGAAUGUGCGACCCAUCAAGAAGGUGAUGGAGGCGAAGGCGCGCAAGAAGCGACGCGCCACCAAGCGCCUGGCGAAGGCCAAGAAGAUGGCCGAAAAGAUCAUGGAGAAUGCGGACGCCACCUCCCAGGAGAAGGCCAAGCAGCUGAAGAAGGUCUACAAGAAGGCGCAGGAGAAGAAGAAGGAGAUCACCUAUGUGGUGGCCAAGAAGCACACAGCCUCGCGUCGUGCACGACGUCCGCCUGGCGUCAAGGGACGCUAUCGUGUCGUCGAUCCGCGUGAAAAGAAGGAUAAGCGCUCCAUUGUGGCCAAGAAGCGACGCGAGAAGGGCAGCAAAGGUGGUAAAGGCAAGGGCAAGGGCAAACGCUAGUUAGUGGAAACGUAGCUCAUAGUCGGCUUUAUGUAAAUGCUAAUGUAUAGAAUAAAUAGAAACUAGUGGAAUAAUA